AUGCAGAUGGAAACUUCUCCAUACUUGGAGGGCAAAUGGCGAAACUUCUUCCGGUUUCUGGACGUUGAUCGUGACGGAGUGGUUAGUUUUCGCGACUAUGAAACCCUGGCUAAGCGGUUUGCCGAACUGGCCGGCAUGUCAGACCUGGAUGCAGAGGAAGUCCGUAAAAGUUGUCUAAGGUGGUGGUGGGUCAUGGAAAAGACGAUCGGCAGGAAGACUGAAAACAUGACAGAGAACAGCUUUGUGGAGUCCAUUACAACAUUGAUGAUGUCACCGCACGUGAACGCUCGUCACUCGAUGGCCAGCACGUGGGGCGCCAUGUUUGAUGUGUUAGACUCUGACAGGGAUGGUCAGGUAACACCGGAACAACUGCAGUUAUUUUACCGCUGCCAUGGUAUCACUGACGAGUUUUACGUGGAGAGCGUGUUCCGGAACCUGGAUACCAACAGAGACGGUUUGGUUACCAGACAGGAAUUUAUCCAAGCCUUGCAGGAAUUCUGGUUCGGCGGAAAUCCCAACGAGGACUUCUCGUUCAUGUUCAGCCGUAAGACGCUUUACCCGCCAUCCAAACGCUCAAAACGCUGUCCUUGGCUGAGAAAAUAUUUCUGUUGCUGUCACUGA